CCAUUCCAUGUAGACUUGGAGCCGUGACCCGUAGGCAGAGCAAUGGCUCCACGGACCAGCUCAGAAUAUAGUCACCGAGGAGAGGAAACGCCCGCCUGGGAAUCACUGGAAGCGCCGCGCCGGCGAACUUCCCGAGCUCCGACACGCCGAACGCGCCCCCGUCUCGCUCGUCUCCCGACCCGACACACCGAAUCCGGCAAAAUCUGCCAACUCUUUUCCGCCGCUCGGUUUCAACUCCCACCAGCCACCACACUGCACACUGCCCGCCCCGUGACAGGUUACACUUUCCUGUUGUCACCGGCCGGCGGGCCACCUAAAGCCGUUGGCGCGCAGACGCUUUUGACCUCGCGCGCGCGCCGCAUACAUAGCUCAGCUGCCGCCCUGCCCACUCUCGGCGUGGUCUCGUGCCGCCGCGAGCGAGAUGCGGAAGCUGAGCGUGCCCAGGGGCGGCGGGGAGAGGGUGGGCGUGCUGGCCUUCGAGGUGGCCGCGCUCAUGUCGCGGGCGGCCGCCCUGUGGCGCGCGCUUGGGGACGCCCAGCUCGCUCACCUACGGGGCGAGGCCGUCCGCCUCGAGGGCGUGCGCAGGCUCGUGGCCGACGACGACGCGGUGCUCCUCGCGCUCGCGCUUGCCGAGGUGGCCGGAGCCUGCCGGAGCCUCUCCCACGCCGUGGCGCGGCUCUCCGCGCGCUGCGCGGACCCGCUGCUCCGCAGGUUCGACGCCCUCUUCGCCGCGCUCGUCAAGGGUGGCGCUGGUGCCGACCUGCACGGGCUGCGGUACGCGGCGGACAAGAAGAUGGACCGGAAGGCGCGCAAGAUGCAGCGCCUGGUCGCGUUCACCGCGCACCUGUGCCACGAGCUCGACGUGCUCGCCGAGCUGGAGCAGGGCCUGCGCCGCGGCCGCAGCGCGGGCGGAGAAGGAGAGUGCGCGCGCCGCGUGGCGCGGCAGAGGCAGGAGGUCGAGCGCCUCCGCGCGGUCUCCCUCUGGAACCGGAGCUUCGACCACGUUGUCCGGCUGCUUGCCAGGUCGCUCUUCACCAUCGUGACAAGAAUCAUAGAGGUGUUCGACUUGGAACCUAUGAACACCUCCAUCUCCAUCGACGACGACUCCAAGGUCUCGCGGCUUUCAUGGAGCAAUUCCUUCGUUGGGAGCAGCAUGCAAUCCAUGGUGUAUCCUUCCGACGUCGUCGCGGACACUGCUCGGAGGAUGCUGCGUGCAAGAUCUGGUAAGAUCACCAGCGGCGACGCUCGUCGAUUUCUGAUGUCCAGAAGCAAGAGCCUGAGGCAGCUCAACUGGCCGGCGGCUGGCAAGCACCUCAUAGGCUGCGUGAUCAGUGGCAGCAAGUCUCCGGUUAGGAACGGGUGGAUCCAUGCCGGCGGCGAUCUUCCACUGAGUUUCAGCUACGUAUCAGCCAGCAACGACAACUACAAUAGCAUCAACUUCCAGUUCCAAGCGGAUCAUACAAACGCGAAGCCUUCGACGUCCGUGUUUGAAUCCUCGCACGACGUGCUGACGAACGCGCCCGAGGCGUCCCUCGGCGCGGCUGCCUUGGCGCUGCACUACGCGAACCUUAUCAUCUUCAUCGAGAAGCUCGCCAUUUCGCCUCACCAUGUCUGCUCAAACGAGAGGGACGCCCUGUACAGUAUGCUAACUGACAGGAUGCGGGCGUCCCUCAGAGCGCGCCUCAGGCCGUUCGCCAAGAACACGUCCUGUGAUCCUACCCUGGUUGCCGAGUGGUCUGACACGGUGCAGAGGAUUCUGGGAUGGCUAGCUCCGCUCGCUCGCAACAUGAUAAGGUGGCAAGCCGAGAGGAAUUUCGAGCAGCGGAAUGUCGCUUCGGGUGCUAGCGUCCUGCUCCUGCAGACGCUGCAUUUUGCAGAUCAGAAGAAGACUGAAGAUGCAGUUACUGAGCUGCUUGUUUGUCUGAAUUACCUGUGGAGAUCCGGGAGGGAGCUUGAAACAAAGGCCAAAUUAGAGUCAGCAGGUAGAGGAAACUAUGAUGCUUUUGCAGAUUACGUUGGGUGACAUAUGUCAGUAUCAUAUCUGAAAAUUGUUAAAAUAUAACCUAAAAGUGCCCUUAUAUCCAACAGAAUUGCAGGUGGCUGUCAGCUGAAUUAGGCGAGCUGGGGUUAUGUAUGCAAAGAUAGCAUCUUUCAGACAAAACAACCACUUGCUAAUUUUAGCUUCAAUUUUCUAGAAAAACAGGCAUCAAUCAACAAGUGCGUCUUGUAAUCCAUGAUAUAUGCAGGUUUUGUCAAGUUUGUAGGUCAGAUAGGUACUUUCCUGUAAAGAUCUAUGUAGUUAUGUACUGAUAAACGGAGGCACAUGCUUUAUGGUUCCUGAGAAUGCUUUCUGUUUAGGUGGAACUGUGGAAGAUAUAU